GGGUUUUAUUGUCGCACUGAGUGUAGCUCGUAGCUAUUUCGCUAAGGAUUGUGGAAGUGUGUUUUAAAUUUUCAGUGAGUAAGAAAUUGUAAAUUAUUUUAUUGGAUAGUGUGCCUGUUGUCAAAAAAAAUGGGGAAACGACAGCAUCAAAAGGAUAAGAUGUACAUCACCUGUACAGAGUACACACAUUUUUAUGGAGGCAAAAAGGCAGAAAUCCCACAGGCCAAUUUCAGGCGAUUGCCCUUUGAUCACUGCAGUUUGUCUCUUCAGCCAUUUGAGUAUCCCAUGUGCACUUCUGAAGGUGUGGUCUUUGACCUAAUGAGCAUAGUUCCCUGGAUUAAGAAGUUUGGAACCAACCCCAUCUCUGGAGAGAAACUCGAGGCCAAGUCCCUCAUCAAGCUGAACUUCAGCAAAAACAACGAGGGGAAGUACCACUGUCCCGUCCUCUACACCGUCUUCACCAACAACUCCCACAUCGUGGCCAACAGAGUGACGGGCAACGUCUUCUCCCACGAGGCUGUGGAGCAGCUGAACAUCAAGACAAAGAAUUACAAAGAUCUGCUGACUGAUGAGCCAUUUACUCGCCAAGAUAUCAUCACACUGCAGGACCCCACACAUUUGGAUAAAUUCAAUGUCUCUGACUUUUUCCAUGUGAAAAACAAUAUGAAGGUUCUGGACCCAGAUGAAGAGAAGGCGAAACAGGACCCAGCGUACCACCUGAAGAGCACAAACCUGGAGACGCGCGAGACGCUGGCUGAGCUCUACAAAGAGUACAAGGGCGACGAGCUUCUCGCGUCCACCAUGAAGGAGCCUGAGGCCAAGAAGACGGACAAGCUCAACGCUGCUCAUUACUCCACUGGUCGGGUGUCUGCCUCCUUCACCUCUACUGCGAUGGCUCCAGCAACAACACAUGAAGCAGAUGCUAUCGCAGAGGAUGCAGUUCGCUACCAGUACGUGAAAAAAAAAGGCUACGUCCGCCUCCACACUAACAAAGGAGAUCUAAACCUGGAACUGCACUGUGAUAAGGUGCCCAAAGCUGGCGAAAACUUCAUAAAGCUGUGUAAGAAGGCUUACUACGACGGGACAGUAUUUCACCGCUCCAUCCGAAACUUCAUGAUUCAGGGGGGGGACCCCACAGGCACCGGAACAGGCGGCGAGUCCUUCUGGGGGAAGCCAUUUGCGGACGAGUUCAAGCCCAACCUGUCUCACACGGGCCGGGGGGUACUGAGCAUGGCCAACUCGGGGCCCAACACCAACAAAUCCCAGUUCUUUAUAACCUUCCGUUCGUGCACGUACCUGGACAGAAAGCACACCGUAUUUGGCAGAGUGGUGGGUGGAUUUGGGACCCUCACAGCAAUGGAGAACGUGGAGAGCGACCCUAAAACAGACCGGCCCAAGGCUGAGAUUAAGCUGCUAAGAACUACCGUGUUUGUGGAUCCGUAUGAGGAGGCGGAUGCACAGAUAGCUGCCGAGCGGGAGAAGGAGACUCAGAGGCAGGAGGAGGAGCGAGCCCAGAGCUCCACCUCUCUCAGCAAAGACAAAGGCGAACAGCAGCCCAAAACCUACAGGCCCGGGGUCGGCAAGUACAUCAACAUGGCGGCGGCGAAGCGCUCUGUGGUGGAUGAUGACUGUAAAGCCUCCACCAGUCAAUCAGCAAGCAAGAAGAUCAAAGGUAGGAGUGACUUCGGUGACUUUAGCUCAUGGUAGCCAAGCAUCUCAGCUCACCGGCAGACAGUAUGGACUCUCUGCAGACUGAUUCUCAUGCUUCUCACUUCUUUUGGGACGAUUUUGUAGUUUUAGCUAAGGUUUGGUUCAGCUGUUUUUUUUCUUUUUUUUAAAUAAAAGAUCACAUCUGUCACACAAUUAUUGUAAAAUAGUCCUCCUUGUAUUUUUUUUCUGUUUCUUAUUUGAACAACAAUUGUUUAUUUGGCAAAGUUGACGUAUUUUAUGCCAGAAAUAAAUCCAUUUUCCAAAA